AGAAGACAAACUGGAUUUUUUCUUUUUUUGUCUUUCUGUUGUCCUUUCCCUCACACUGCCUGGAAUAAAUUAUCAAUGGGAUUUUUUUUUAAAAGAAAAUGGAAAGUUUAACCUCUUAAAAUGAUGAUCAUGUGGAUCAGGACACCAUCUUUUUGAGUACGGAAGAAUAUUUCUCCACUUUACGCAAAUGGAUAGGAGCGACAAAAUGGCCAUUCUGGUUUUGCUGGUGAUCUGCACAAAUUGUGUGACAGGUAUGGUUCUAAUUGGGUUGAUGUGAUCAGCUGCAUGGGGAUCAUGACUACCGAUUGUAAUCUUACUGACCUUAUUGGCGACUACAGCUCUGCCUACGACAUCAGAGUUCAGCUGCUCUCAGGGGGCAGUGUGUCAAAUUGGACAGUCGUUCAAAGGUUUUACCCGAAAAACAGCAAAUUGCAUCCCCCUUCUUUCACCAUACUGGCCAUCUCCAGCAAACUGGUGGUCAACAUUCAUACAAAGCCAAUUAUGAAGAAGCUCUUUCCAUUUGGGAUGACCUACACCAUCUUCUUGGAUGACAAAGAGGAAGACAAUAAGACUACAAUAGCAGAACUGAGAGACAACCGUAUGAAAGAUGAGGGGACAAAGACAUUUGACUCUCUCCAUUGGGGAAGACAGUAUUGUGUCCGUCUCAGAGCUCAGGGCAACGGAGCUCUCGCCAUCAGCAAUGUAUCCCAUAGUCAGUGUCUACGGCUACCUAAACAAGAGUGGUACAUCAUUGCUACUCUGUCAAGCCUGGGUUUAAUAGUUGUCCUGGCUGUGCUGCUCACAGUCAUCUGUUGUUUCUUAACACAUCCAGAGAAAACACCUGUUUCACUGGGUAAAGAGGGCAGCUGUUCAGGAACAUGUCAGACGUUUAUGCGGUAA